GUACCAUUCCUUUCACCCCCUCUCUGCCGUCUCUUCACCUCGUCAGUCCCCCUCCUCGCCGCCAUUUUUGCCCGAAGCACCCCGAGCACCAGGACUCCACCAGCGCGGACGCGGAGGCGAUGGCGAUCGAACAAUCCCUCAAGAGGAAGAGAGGGAGGCCAGCAGGAGGAGGUUCCCCGUCUGCCAACAAGAGCCAGCGAGAUAAAAAGGUCAUGGAGCACAAGAUUGCACUGGUGCAUCGAAGGCUCGCCUUGCUUGACAGCGAAAGCGACAAGGAUGCUGACGUUCAGCCGACGGUCACAAUGGAUGAUAAGCUUGCUGCUGUUGUUGAUCAACAGCCUGUCAUUAUUAAAUGCGAGGAUAUAGAUGACGAGGACGAACAUGUUCCUUUGAGAAUUAUGCGGUCACCGAGGGCAGACAGUGAGCAAAAAAAACUGCUUGAUGUUUCUCAGACACACAAUGCUCAGGAUGCUGACACUGCUAAGAAGAAGGGAGGGAGGCUUGUCAACGCCAAGAGCAACAUGGGGCAGAAUUUGAAAUUGUCAAUACCAAGACGUACCUUGGUUGAGAGUGGCGGCAGUAACAGCAGAAGGAGCGACAUAGAUGAUGAUCUUGUGCCAAUGGUAGCUGCUGUUAAUUGCCAUAAGACAUGUGCAAGCGUUCAAGGUAAAUUUGGGUCUGCCAUGGAGAGAGCUAAGGAGGUACUGCUAAAGUUACCAGCUGAACAUCCUAGCUUUGUCAAGCAUAUGCUACAUUCACAUGUUGUUCAGGGUUUUUGGCUGGGUCUACCAUCUAACUUCUGCAACAAGCAUCUUCCAAAGGAGGACACUACUAUUGUGCUAGAAGAUGAGGAUAGGCACAAUUAUGAUGCAAAAUAUCUAGGUGCCAAGCAAGGACUUAGUGCUGGUUGGAGAGGUUUUGCGAUUAAUCAUGAUAUUAAGGUCGGAGAUGUUGUAGUAUUUCAACUUGUCAGUUCAGCAAAGUUUAAGGUCUAUAUAUUGAGAGCGAACAACUUCACUACAACUGAUGGAGCACUUGGUCUCCUGUGUUUGGAAGCAGGCAAGGAGAAGAUAUUGAAAGAAAGUUCCAAUGAUGUCAAACCUAAGGAGAAUCGAAAGGUUCAGAGUGAUAGCAGUAACCCAGCCAGUGACUCAAUAAUUGAUGGCAUCAGAUUUUCAGAUACAGCCAUCGAUUUCGAUCAUGUGAAAAAUUUCAGCAACUUCAACAUCAUCGUAGACGGUCUGGUCAUCGACUGCAAGUUUCCUGACCACCUACGCAGGACGUACUAUGAGCUGUGCUGUGCUCGGGAGUCGUUCCUUCACAAGGAUCUGCUCAAACAGAUAAACCUCACACUUGCCGUGGGAGUGAUCAUGGAGACUAUCAACAUCGCGGAGGGUAUCAGGGCCGCGAGCGCUUCUUCCCACCAAGACUUUCUGGUCUGGAAGAAGACCUUGGAGGCCUUUCAGUUCCUGGGCAUGAAUGUCGAGUUCCUGCUCAAACGAAUCGAUGAUCUCCUUGGCCUCCCUGCUCGACCUAGAGACCCUGCUGGGCAUGAAGAGAAGAAAGAGAUAAAACUGGAGCAUGCACGUGCCAAAGCGAAAAUGAAGGAGCUCGAGUCCAGAAUGUCAAGUGUGAAGGACACUCUGAAGAAGAUGGACGUGGAGAUGAAGGAGUUAGAGUCCAGCGCGAAGAGGACGGAGGAGAUGCGGUUAGCAACCGCACCGUGGUAGCAGUAUGCUCGCAGCUUCGGUUUCUACCGCAGGCGGACGACAUUUUGGGCGACAUGGCCGUUCGGUAUGCAGAGGCAGAUGAUGCACUGGAUGGGGUCUAGCUUUGCAGAAGAUUAGAACUGCAUUGUAGCGGCAACAUUUAGUUUCAGAGUAACCACUUUUUGUAUAAAUGCAACUCGAGAGGAGUUAUCUGUGUGUCAUCUAGGUUACACUUCUUGUACAGCAACUACGAUGCUGUUUUUUGUGUACACAUCAAGUGUUGUAACCUAUCCCCAUCCCAUCCCCCCUAUGUAAAUUGUGCGGGACUGCACUGUGACGGUGCUGAAACUGGAAGGAAGAGAGAUGCAGUCUGGUUUGAGUA